AUGCCUGCUAUCUUGAGAACCAGGUCCAAAGAAUCCUCUAUAGAGCAAAAGCCUGCUUCCAGAACAAGGACGAGAUCGAGAAGGGACAAGCGUAGUCGUGAAGACGAUGAUGAUGAUGACGACGAUGAGGAAAGUGAUGGUGCAUACGAUGAAGUUGGUGACGACUAUGACGAGUAUGCUUCGAGAGCAAAGCUGGCCACCAAUAGGCCGUUUGAAAUAGUCGCGGGGCUGCCCGCUAGUGUGGACCUGCCCAACUAUAACUCUUCGCUUACUCAUCCACAAUCAAUUAAAAACUCUGGUGUACUUUACGACUCUCUGGUCAGUUCCAGAAGAACCUGGAUCCAGGGUGAGAUGUUCGAACUGUAUUGGCGAAGACCCAAGAAAAUCGUUAGCGAAACUACGCCCACGGCGGUGGAGAGUCCAACAUCAGGAGCGAUUCCCUUGAUACGAGAUAAGAUGCAGAAAAUGUGCGAUUGUGUAAUGAGUGGAGGUCCUCACACGUUCAAAGUUAGACUGUUCAUACUGAAAAAUGACAAAAUCGAACAGAAAUGGCAAGAGGAGCAAGACUUGAAGAAAAAGGAAAAGGAACUGAAAAGAAAGAACGAUGCAGAGGCCAAGAGACUGAGAAUGGAGGAAAGGAAAAAGCAACAACUGCAAAAGAAAAUAGCCAAGGAACAAAAACAGCAAUUGCAGAAGGAAAAUAAAGCUAAACAGAAGUUGGAACAGGAGGCACUGAAAUUGAAAAGAAAGGAACAAAUGAAAAAGCUAAAGGAACAAAAUAAAAAUAAACAGGGGUCGCCUUCUUCCUCUAUGCAUGACCCAAGAAUGAUAAUGAAUUUGAAUCUGAUGGCGCAAGAAGACCCAAAACUAAACACUUUGAUGGAAACCGUGGCUAAGGGCCUGGCCAAUAAUAGUCAAUUAGAGGAAUUUAAAAAAUUUAUUGAGAUUGCCAAAAAAAGAUCCCUGGAAGAGAAUCCAGUCAAUAAGCGUGCAGUGGUUACAACAGUGCGACCCCCACCUCCUUCCAAAACUAAAGAUGUAGCGGACGCAAACCGGUUAAAUUCGAUAACCUUGGUGAAAAGUUCGAAAGCCACUGUCGCGGAACCUGACCCAAAGAAAGUUGAUGGCGAUAAUGCAGAGAGGCAACAGUCCAAAAAGGAAAGAACAAUUACCGAAUCGGUACAAAUAAAUAUCAAAGAAGAAGAAGAUGUGAAAGCAGAAGGUGCGAAAGCAGAGGAUGUAAAAGCAGAAGAUCUGAAAGCAGAGGAUACACAGAAGAAAGAGGGCAAUGAAGUAGUACCGAAAAAGAAAAGAAGAAAAAAUGCAAUAAAGGAGGAUAAAGACAUGCAAUUAACUGCGUUCCAACAGAAAUACGUUCAAGGUGCGGAGAUCAUUCUGGAGUAUUUAGAAUUUACCCAUUCGAGGUAUUACCUACCCAAGAAAUCCGUAGUAGAAUUUUUGGAGGAUACGGGUGAGAUUCUGAUAUCUUGGAUUGUCAUACACAAUUACAAAGAAAUUGAGAAGUUCAAAACGAAAAAAAUAAAGGCCAAGCUGAAAGUCGACCAAGAGCAAAACAAGGAAGACUCCAAACAAGAAUGCGAUAUGGAGAAGGAACCCAACUUUAACCCUCUUUUUGAAGAUGAUUGUCCUACCCCACUUUAUACCCCCAUGACAAUGAAAUUAUCAGGCAUCCAUAAAAGAUUUAACCAAAUCAUCCGAAAUAGCGUGUCUCCAUUGGAAGAAGUUGUCAAAGAGAUGGAAAAAAUUCUGCAAAUCGGUACCAGGUUGUCUGGCUAUAAUCUAUGGUACCAGUUGGACGGAUAUGACGACGAAGCUUUGAGCGAAAGCUUACGGUUCGAAUUAAAUGAAUGGGAACAUGCCAUGAGAAGCAGGAGACACAAAAGGUAG